UCUGUGCGCAGAAAAGGUGUUAUGAACGCGCAGCAAUCUGACGUUUGAGCCAACCCAGAACAAAACACGAAGUAAUGGUCCGGGUAGUCCUUGUGGACAUAUUGCCUUUCAUUUUUUACUUCCUCUUCACCUUUGUAAGAACGACACUUGGAGACGAUGCGGAGGUGACAUUCGUAUCCGAGCUGUCGUCCAAGCCAGCUCAGAAGUUGUCAAAGUACAGCUGGUAUGGAAACGCAAGGUUGCAUAGGUUUCAUAUACCAGAGGAGACUGCCAUCGCCCGCUGGCUCUUCACAGUAACCAAGGGUCACAGCUUUUCCUGCACAGAGCGGAAUGUCUCAAUCCAUAUGCGACAGGGUGCUCCUCCGGUCAUAAACCCGACUGGCACAGUGUUUCCAAACAUGACCGUGUGGAGUCACUGUCACUCCCUGACCGUCCCAGUGAGCGCACUCAGCGCAGUAACAUUUAACCUCUCAAAUCCUGCACCCGGGGACUGGUUUGUUGCCACCCACUUGCCUGAAGAUGAUGGGCGCAUUGAGCAAAAGGGCUUCCCAUCUUGCUACUACCUUUUCCAGCCUCAGCUCUCCAUCAGGAGGGCCGUUGACACACCCAUUAUACAGCCGGGAAUGUUGCUCCAACAGACUGCUGCGCCUAAGAACCCUGCACGCCUUAAGUUGUAUGUUCCACAGUUUGCAUCGUCUCUUUCCGUGUCUGUGGAAGAUUGUUCCUCAAUGGAGGGUCCAAGAAGGAGCAAGUGUUCUGUGGCUCUCAGCCUUGGCUCAGACUCUCUUCAGGAUCGUCCGAAAAAAGUAAACUGCUUUGGGACUCGCUGUUCUGCUUUUCUCAGCAACCCGCCUUGGGAUACCUGGUUACGUGUUGUGGUGGAAAGCAUUCAAGACAACCAAACAGUGACCUUUAGCAUUAUCUCAAACUACACAGUGGGCUGUAAGCCAAAAAGCGUAGGCCUGGAAGUUGAUAAAGGCAGCAACAGCAGCAAUACCAACUCUCCAUUAACACGCAACAGCGCUACGACAAUAAAGACUACCGCCUUCAACAGUGAUUCAGGAUCACCGGUUUUGUUGUCUUCUGCGUGUGUAUGGAACAUCCCUGUGCUCUUUGAGGAGACAGACAUUCUCUCACUCCGCUUCACUCCAGUGAAUGGACCCAACGUCAGUGUCAGAGCAGCACACCCCACGCUUCUUACAUACCCUCUGCCUGCACAAGUCACCGGUGGGACACUCAACCUGCAGCUUACACUCAACACUACUAAUAUAACAUUGGGGAACAGCAGCACAGUGGUGGCCUGUCUCUCUCCCCGAGCACCAGUCCUUCAACUCAACGGAUCCCUACCAUGCCGCACAGCUUUGUUUGGAGGGUAUGGCGUUAAUGUGAACACCAGCUUUCCCAAAGCCGCAGUCCGGCUGCCCUUCCCGCAGUCGGCAACAUGGUACCUCACUUUGCAACUAAUGUGCAACAGCAGUGACUGCGGCAAUAUGUCUGCAGUGUCCGUGGAACCGGAGGUUUUUGUCAGCGCCUGUGUCGAGGACUGUGGCGCAUUUGGUGAAUGUAGACUGCUCAGGUCCUACACCUUCCUGUAUGCUGCAUGUGUGUGCAAGGCUGGUUGGAGGGGUUGGGGCUGCACCGAUGACUCGACAGCACAGCCUCUCACCCGCCAGUUCGCAGCUACUCUCUUGCUAACCCUCAGUAACCUCAGCUUCCUGCCUGCAAUAGUGGUUGCCAUCAAACGCUUCUAUAUCACAGAAGCGUCAGUCUACCUCUUUACCAUGUUCUUUUCUACGUUUUACCAUGCCUGUGACCAGCCAGGUAAAGUCGUGCUGUGCAUCAUGAGCUAUGACACUCUCCAGUACUGUGACUUCCUCGGGUCUAUUUGUUCCAUAUGGGUCACAAUUUUGUGCAUGGCUCGUGUCAGCAACAUAGUGAAAUAUACUCUCUUUCUUCUUGGGACUCUGCUUAUUGCCAUGUCACUGCAGCUGGACCGCAGAGGACUUUGGAACCUGCUGGGCCCCAUCCUCUCUGCAUUACUUUUCAUGGUGGCCAUUUGGUGUCCUUGUAUGUACCACAUUGAGCAUGGAGAAAAGAAAGAAGACCAAAGAACUGUCUGAGGACUUCAGAAGCCAAAUUGUGAGGAAGCAUGGGCAAUCUCAAGGCUACAAGUCCACCUCCAAAGACCUGAAUGUUCCUGUGUCUACCGUGCGCAAUGCGCAGUGUCAUCAAGACGUGUAAAGCCCAUGGCACUGUGGCUAACCUCCCUACAUAUGGAUGGAAAAGAAAAAUUGACAAGAGAUUUCAACGAAAGAUUGUGCGGAUGGUGGAUAAAGAACCUCGACUAACAUCCAAACAAGUUCAAGCUGUCCCGCAGUCCGAGGGUACAACAGUGUCAACACGUACAAGCCGUCGGCGUCUAAAUGAAAAGGGACUCUAUGGUGGGAUACCCAGGAAGAUCCCUCCUCUGACCCAGAGACAUAAAAAAAUCAGGCUUGAGUUUGCAAAAACUUACCUGAGUAAGCCAAAUACGUUUUGGAAGAUUGUUCUCUGGUCAGAUGAGACAAAAGUAGAGCUUUUUGGGAAAAGGCAUCAACACAGAGUUUACAGGAGGAAAAAAACGAGGCCUUCAAAGAAAAAAAUAGUCCCCACAGUCAAACAUGACGGAGGUUCCUGGAUGUUUUGCCGUUGCUUUGCUGACUCUGGGACUGGGCUGCUUGACCGUGUGCAUGGCAUUAUAAAGUCUGAAGACUACCAACAAAUUUUGUAGCAUAAUGUAGGACCCAGUGUGAGAAAGCUGGGUCUGCCUCAGAGGUCAUGGGUCUUCUAGCAGGACAAUGACCCAAAACACACUUCAAAAAUCAGUAGAAAAUGGUUUGAGAGAAAGUACUGGAGACUUCUGAAGUGGCCAGUAAUGAGUCCAGACCUGAAUCCCUGUGCAGAGAUCUGAAAAUGGCACCUUUCAAAUUUCAGAGACCUGGAGCAGUUGACCAAAGAAGAAUGGUCUAAAAUUCCAGCAGAGCAUUAUAAGAAACUUAUCGAUGGAUACCGGAAGCGUUUGUUCGCAGUUAUUUUGUCUAAAGGUUGUGCUACCAAGUAUUAGGCUGAUGGUGCCAAUACUUUAGUCUGGCCCAUUUUUUAAGAGUUUGGUGUAAAAUGAUAAUGAUUUUUUUUUUCUUCAUUCUCUUUUGUGUUUUUUCAUUCCAAGCAAAAUAAAAUAAGAAAUUACUACCAAAGCAUUUGUAAUUGUAAUCAUUUUCUGGGAGAAAUUGAGCAUUAUCUGACGGAAUUGCAGGGGUGCCAAUUAGAGCCUAGUUCGGGCCUAAAAAAUCCAGCCCGACCCGACACGGCCCGCUGGUAUUGAGGCCCGACCCGGCCCGAGCUCGAUCACUUAACUAGAUUUGCAGGCCCGAGCCCGAAAAACCCGAUUUUUUUUUUUUUUUUUUUUUUUUUGAGUGACGCGGAAAAAACGCAGCAGCAGCAAUUUAUUUUCAUUUCUUCGAGUUGGCAGAAAAAAACGCAAGUUUUCUUAAUGUUUAAAUAAUCUACAUAUUUUUUUUAGAAUUAUCAAAGCAUUCACACAACGAAAUAACGCUGGGAAAGUUUGUUAAACAUAUUUCUGAGUGUGUGGGAUAUUGUUCUCACAUGGACGCGCCUCUCUGACAAGGAGAGGGAACAGGAGAGGGCGGCGCCUCGGCCGUGCAGCGGGAGGACAAGAAGAAAAAGCGGCCGGCGCCACGGCAUUCGUGCACACGCACAAGCAAAAGCGCAAUACAGAGAGCCUGCUCUCCAUUUUAUUUAUUUUUAUUUUUUUUAUUUUUUUUGAGUGACACGGAAAAAACGCGACAGCAGCAAUUUAUGUUCAUUUCUUCGAGUUGGCAGAAAAAAACGCAAGUUUUCUUAAUGUUUAAAUAAUCUACAUAUUUUUUUGAGAAUUAUCAAAGCAUUCACACAACGAAAUAACGCUGGGAAAGUUUGUUAAACAUAUUUCUGAGUGUGUGGGAUAUUGUUCUCACAUGGACGCGCCUCUCUGACAAGGAGAGGGAACAGGAGAGGGCGGCGCCUCGGCCGUGCAGCGGGAGGACAAGAAGAAAAAGCGGCCGGCGCCACGGCGUUCGUGCACACGCACAAGCAAAAGCGCAAUACAGAGAGCAUGCUCUCCAUUUUUUUUUUUUUUUUUUAAAUAAUUUAUUAGUCCGGCAUGGCGGCCCGACCCGACCUGACCCGAACGUGAAUGCUUAAAUUGUGGGCCCUCGGGUUCGGGUUCGGGCACAAAAUCUAACCUCUAGUGCCAAUACUUUUGGCCAGCAGUGUAUUUCAGAAAUUGAUAUGCUGCUUCUGUUUACAUUGGAUAGUUUUAUGUUGCAGUACAAAUUGAUGCAUUUGACAUUUGACCUGGGAGUCUAGGUGCCCUAGGCAAAAUUGUAGUUAGAACCUCCCCCCCUCAAAUAUGACUACAUAUUUUUUAGAUAUUGUAUAUUUUCGGGGUUCGUACAGGUCCUCGAAAUCCUUGAAAAUGUUUGGAUUUUACUGUAAUGUUUUCAAGGCUUAACUCUGCCCAGGGCUUAAUUUGUAAAUCAUAAGGUCCCGGAACGCAAAGUACAUUUGACAGCGCAGGGAUGACGAGACGGUCACUUGUCCCGGAACAUACGCAGACAAUGGUGCUGAAAACAACACGCAAAUGCCCACUUGACUUGCCCUACUGGAGGACUUACAAGCCUCAAUUUCAGAUAAUAUCCAUGGUACAAAUGUUAUCACAACAAUUUACAAUUAUUUAGGCUACACUCUGCACAGCACGGGCAAUUGCCCACAUAACCACAGGUGGGACUUACAGUAACAUACAGUCUAACUUGUAAAACAAAACAAAAAAAAAUUCAGAUUACAAUAAAUAACACAAACCCAUUCGUUUGCGAGUGUCAUCCUCUCUGUGUUCUCUGGCCCCAAAGUUCCCACCACCUUACAAAUUGUGCAGCCCAAACCCGAAUUUCCCAUAAGGGUACUGGCUUGUUGCUCCGGCUAUUGGUGGUCCACCUGGCUGACUGCUGGCGCUGUAGCUGGCCCCCACUCCGGGUGGCACUGAUCCUGACCAGCUGCUGCCACGGUAGCGGCCUCCUGCCCCGCCUUAGCUGGCUGUCCGUGAACCUAGCUAGCUGCUGCAACGCUAGCCUCCUGCUGGCAUGAUCGCUGCAGUUGUCCUCAUUGCCUGUUGUUGCUUUUCUGACUCGUUUUGAACUAUUUUCCCUUUAAAAAAAAACAAAAAAAAAACGAUAAAUUAAAUGCAACUGUCUUUUUGGCAUGUUGAAAUACCGUUUGAUCCUGACAGCUUGAUCCCCAGAUGCCGCAAAUUUCCAGUUUUUUUUUUUUUUUUUGUCAGGAGAGUGAUUUGUUGGUCCAAUUUUUUUAGUGCAUCAACAAAUCUCCGACUCUUUCAAAUGACAUUGAAUUUUUGUAAACAACAUGCAAUUCUCUGUAAAGGAAUUUAUGCAUAUUAUUAUUUUAUUUCAAUACUGUAAUGUCUGUAACUAUGCACGGUCCCUUUAAGAGAUGCUGGGACUGGAGAGCUGUGAGGUAGUAGGAAGCGAGGGGGGGACGGGCGAGAAGCAAAAGUUUGCGGUCGAAUGUGGCGGCAGUCCGCUGUUAUUUUGUUUAUUGUUUUUGUAUUGUUGCUACAAUAAAGUGGAGAAAGCCAUCAAUGACUCCUCUCCUUCUUUACCCCCAUUCGGGGCUGUUUUGAUACAUUUAAAAAUAUAUAUAUUUAUAUUUAUUUUAUAUUUAUAUAUAUAUAUUUUUUUAAAUUUAUAUUAUUAUUAUUUUCUAUACACGAGAAGUGCUGGAUCUGCCAAAAUAAGUCCCGGAACAUAGGGAGGCCAAAAUCAACACCUUCCUCAGCAUCCUCAACACCUUCACGUCUGGUUAUGUGGAGGGUGCUUGGACAUCAACUGAUACAAUGAACCCACUCGAAUUGACAAUACGUGAAAAUCCAUGGCAAUCAGUAGCCACGUUUACAUGCUGACUUUUAUUCCUACCGAUUCAAAUCAUUCCGAAUGGAAAUUUCACAUCAGCUGUUUACAUGUCACUUCAUCUAUUCCGAUCCAGCGUUUACAUGUGUCUGCCUUUAUUCCGAAAGGACGUUUGACAACUGCCGUCUGACAUGCGCAGAUUAAUCAAAACAAAGCGUCGCGUUGCAAAACAUGGAGAUCGAUCGUCAGAUCAGCUGCUGUUCUAACUUUUCGAGUGGAAACAAAACUUCAGAAUGACACGCCGUUCAUUUAAAAAGUUGUGUGGGUGCGCUGUGCGUGUGCUUGGAAGCCAUGUUGCAUGUGACGUUUCUUACGUCUAUAAGUGACGUCACCACGUCAGUACGGAGCAUGUGCAGAAAGAACGCAACCAGACACCAUUCCGCUUCCCUGUUUACAUGAUAUAAUUUUACUUCUAAUCGGUUUGGGAAAAGGAAUAUUCCACCCCUGUGAAUCGGAAUGAAAUUCCAUUCGGUUUGGGCCUGUUCAUUCCGAAUGAGGUGUUUAUAUGGAACACAUUUAUUCGGUUUGAACAAAUAUUCCGAUUGUAAUCGGAAUAUUUGGCUCCAUGUAAAUGUGGCAAAUGACUCUUGAACGAAAUGUGAAGAUUAUGACUGGACUGAUACACAAUAUGCUGUUUGUGCGUCCCGGGCUGAUGGGGGACGGGUUUCGAUAAGCAUCUGCUUUUCCCGUCUUUCCUUGUCUGUCUUCGUCUUUCCUUCGGGUAAAAUUCCACACUCUGAAACUGUCAAUGAUUUUUUGAUGAUGAUGACAAUGACAAUAAAUUCAUUCAUUCAUUCAUUCAUCAACUGGUGACGGAUCUUGUUACAGCAGGAUCUGGCAACAAUUAACCCGAUUCUCUGCUAUUCGUCGUUUAAUCCGGCCGAGAGCCACUUUGCUCGGCUUCGUCGCCGUUAGGACUCUGCCUACUCGACUGGCUCUCAAUUGACUCCCCUUGUCGCGCAACAAAAUAGCCACUUACCUUAUUUUAAGGAGUAGGAGAGAUUGUAAUAGCCAUGUAAAGAGUUAUUUGUUGUUGUGAACUCAUUCCACACAAACGUACAAUGAGAUAUCAUUUGGCUUAGCAAUUGGAGGAGUGAGCGCCAUUUGUGUCCCAGCUCCAGAAAGCGCUUUUGUCAAGAUUUCCUCAGCCGUGGCUUGUGUCUCCGUCCAUCGAACACAAUGCUAUCAAUGAGGUAGCACCUCUGCUAUUGUACAGUUUGCCAAAAAGUGCUCGCAUGUUGCCGCUUUUUCUGUAGACCGAGUGAAUUUUUACAGCUUUUUCCUGCAGAAAGAGUGAAUUUUGAUGGUGAAAAAAAGUCAAUGUUUGAAAUUCAGAUUCAAAAUAUGGUGCCACUGAUGGACGGGAAAAAUCCGUGUAUGAAAUUCAAAUUCAAAAUCUGGUGGCACAGAUUUACUUCCACACGCUAUCUACUAACACAGUGGGAUUCCCACACAUUUUAAUGUCAACGAGCGCAAGAGGAACAAAACAACAAGAGGUUCAGGGUGCCAUCUGACUCAUGGUCACGAAUUAAGACAAGUCAUUUUGAAAAUAAUUAAUAAUUUUAUUUUUACGUUUAAUGAAUUAAAUGUACUUUAUAUGUUACACAUGUUUAGGAAGCUUAGCUUCUGUACUUGGGGGUCGGACCGCCAAAGACCCUUCCUUUGGCUGCCGCCCAACUCUCUACGCACCCGACCCCUUUGGGCCCUCCCAUAGGUGGUGGGGCCAUGGAAAGGGGGACCCACGUUACCUUUUCAGGCUGUGCCCAACCAGGCCCCACCAGACGCUCGCCUUUGAACCCCACCUCCAUGCCUUGUUCCAACGGGAGGCUCCGGUAACCUGCGUCUGGGCAAGGGAAACUUGAGUCCAUUUGUGUUUUUCUUCAUAAGUGGUCUUUUGAGCCAUGCAUAGUCUGGCCCCUCACCUACGACCUGUUUGCAAAGGGUGACCCUGCCAGGAGCAUGAAAACCCAGAGGCCCCGGGGACGACCCAGGACGCGCUGGAGAGACUGUCUCUCGGCUGGCCUGGGAACGCCUUGGGUUCCCCUCGGAGGAGCUGGUUGAAGUGGCUGGGGAGAGGGAAGUCUGGCCUUUCCUGCUAAAUCUGCUGCCCCCUUGACCUGACCCCAGAUUAAGCAGUAAAGGAUGGAUGGAUGGAUGGAUGGAUGGAUGGAUUUGGGAAGCGUAGCUUGAGUAUCAAUGUUGGAAUAUUCUGUUGUGGAGUGUCUGUUCACAAAAUAUGACUUGAAAAUUGAAACCAGAACGGGAGUGAGAACGUUCACACGGUUUAAUCCAAUGAAGCAGAGCUCCAGGUGUGUUUUGGGCUUUUGGGAAGGGAAAGACACUCCUUUAUACACUGCGAAAAGUAUUGGCACCCCUGUAAUUCUGUCAGAUAAUGCUCAAUUUCUCCCAGAAAAGGAUUGCAAUACAAAUGCUUAUUUUGCUUGCAAUGAAAAAACACAAAAGAGAAUGGGGGGGAAAAAAAUCAUUAUCAUUGUACACAAAACUCCAAAAAUUGGCUGGACAAAAGUAUUGGCACCCUCAGCAUAAUACUUGGAAGCACAACCUUUAGAGAAAAUAACUGCGAACAACCACUUUCGGUAUCCCAUCAAUGAGUUUCUUACAAUGCUCUGCUGGAAGUUUAGACCAUUUUUCUUUGGCCAACUGCUCCAGGUCUCUGAGAU